AUGGCCCGCGCGUGUGCGCGUACUGCGCGGCAGUACAUUAAUUCGGAGCCAACCUAUUGCACUAUGUCCAGUCCAGACGGGGAACUUCAGUCAAACGACGGCUCCGCGAACGGUACUAGCGGUAGCAAUUACACCGUCUUGCAGGGCAUUGAAGUCUUCAUGCUGCUCGACCUUAUCGGUGGCACUAGACCCACUUUCCACUCGUUCGAUCCCUCGACUGACUUCCUCUUCAUGCGCCUUAUUGACCUAGAGAAUAAACUGGGCAGUUUUCAGCAGUUGAGUGACACCGUGGGGCAUCCGUACUUCCAGCCGAUAUCGAAUUCGCUGAGCCGGCCUCAGAUAGGCGAUGACCACACACCCUUUGCCGAGAGGAACGUGCCCAUCGCGCACCUCAUCCAGUGGCCCUUCCCCAAGUUCUGGCACAAGCUGGAAGACAAUGAGAGCAUCAUAGACCCCGACGCAACAAUGGACAUGAUGCGUGUGCUGGCUGCCUUUCUGGCGGAGUACUUUCAUUUGUCUGUCUAA